AUGGGUCUGUUCGAGAAGCUACAAGCCAAACUCGAGCUCUACCGCCUCGAGCAGCGCUACACCCGCCGCGAGAAGCGCACCACCUUCAUCAGCGAAGCCCAGUACGUCGACGGCGAGUACAUCUACGCCUCGAGCCCCACGAGCUCCAAGUCGAGCUCGACCAACAACUCCACCGCGAGCCGCGCGAGUCGAAGGAUGAGCAAGGGCCCGAUGGUCGGCAUCAAAGAGCUAUCGCGCAUAGGCACAGGCAGAGCGGUGCGGUGA